GGACUGAAUCAAUUACCCCUCGUGUAUCCGUCACAUUCCGCCAACCUGAUAGAAUGGAACUGGGGUCAAACUUUUCUGCCAAGCUAGAGCCUUUCUUGCUCAUGUCUAAAUCUGCAAAAGGAGCAGCAGCAGCGAAGCUGGUUCAGGAUGCCACUUCAGCGCCAGGCGUAUUCGUAUUUGCAGAGCUACUAGAAUUACCUAACAUACAAGAGCUUACAAACAGUGAGCAGCAUGCGCCGUAUAUCUCACUACUGCAACUAUUCUCGUACAAUACGUACCAGGACUAUCUUAAACACAAAGACAAUCUACCACCGUUGAAUCAAGCGCAGAUUACCAAACUCAAAUAUCUCUCGAUCGUAUCUCUUGCUGCCGAACGUCGGAUCCUACCAUAUUCCCAAUUACUUGAGACUCUUCAGAUGCCUACGAUACGAGAGCUUGAAGACCUUAUCAUCGAUGCUAUCUACCUGGACUUACUCCGCGGAAAACUUGAUCAAAAGGAGCAACAGCUUGAAGUUGAGUAUACGAUGGGUAGAGAUGUCGAACCAGGGAAGAUCGAGAGUAUUUUAUCGGCACUUCAGAGCUGGGCUGCAACGACUUCAGCAGUACUAUCAACUUUGGACCAGAAAUUGGAAUACAUCUCAUCCCAUUCUGAAGCAGUUCAUGCAGAGAACGAAGAGCAUGAACGCGCCUUGGCUAGUAAUCUCAAAGAUGUAUUUGAUAGACAAAAGGAUAGUAAGGGCCCGAAGAGAGCACCAGGGACCAGCAGUCUAGCGGGAGGCUUGGGUGAUAGCAUGGACGUUGAUGACCCUGUAGCCGAAAGCACGAAACUCAAGAAUCGAAAAGCACCCACAGAGUCAGCGAUAAAGCGACACGGAAAACGUAAUCGGUUUUGAAACCUUAGGACUAUAAAACCGCCAUCAUUACCACAUUAUUCAGUCGAGAGGGGAGAGUGCAAUUCCAGCUGCAGAUCGAUUCCUUUCUGCUGUAUAUGUACAAGUAUAACUGUAUGAGUACACAGCUUAUGUUUUCAUUGAUAGAAUCUACAGCCAAAGGACUACAAC